CAGAUGGUUAGACUCUUCCCGUCGGCCGUCGGUGGACAAUGUACAGAAAAACGAACGAGCAACGGUGACGCAAACCCUUUCUUUAAAAACAUUCGCACAUCAGGAAGUAAGAAAGCAGAGCGAUGGUCGAGAGACUGCAGAUAAACUAUCCAUUAAAUAAUAAGAUAGCUAACCCGGGGACAAAUGUUACACAAUAUUUAGUAAAUGACACUACAUAAGUAGCUAAGUAGUAACAUUAGAAACGGGCAGGAAGAUAAGAAAGCAUCCGCUAUGUUAUGUUGCUUAGCUAACAUUCACGUUAACAGUGGUUAGCUAGCUAAUAGCUAACAUUACUGUAACGUAAACUUUUAACACUCAACAACCAUGUUCAGUAAAUAUUCCUUGUUUUUCACGGCGGUCAUUUAGCUCUAUUUGACUUUAAUGAACUUACAAUCUAAUAGUACCAUGAAGAGUAAUGUUACAGAAACAUCAUACAGAAGGAAAACCUCGGACCAAUAUUGGACUAGUAGGGAUCUGAUGGCUAGUUAGCUGUCUAGUGUUAUAACAGUGUCUUCAAUGGAGAGAAGCAGCGACGAAGGGGCAGCUACUGAUGAAGAGGAUGGAGACCAGGCAGCCGUUUGGAUUGUGAAGGCAGGCAGGUCGGAGGAUGAAGAAGUGGAAAUGACACCUGCAUGUAACCCAUCAAAGACAACAUCCACAGGUGGAGUACCAGACCCUUCUACCGACAUUUUAGCGCUGAGGCUCUGCAGAGAACUUGUGUACCAGGAUAAGAAGAAAUCAGAUAGGGAGACUGGACUAACGGUAUCAAGUGGUGUGAUGUCGGAAGGUCAAGCAACAGUUGUUGAGCCAGAGAGGGAUGUACCCUCUGUGUCUCCCACCAGCUUCACGGCCAUUUGUUCUUCAUCCUCAUCCUCAUCUUCCUCUGUCUUGUCUCUGACACCACCCUUGCCUUCCUCUGUGGAGCUCCCUGAUGUGUUGACUGAUACAAGGCUAACUCUGGAUGUGUACCAGGGAGGAGCAGCUGCACUGCCUCUUCUUUGGGGGUCUAUCCCAGCGCAGCUAAGGGGCAUACAGUACCUGAGACUGGGCUCUGAGGAUAAACCAGGCCUGGAUGGUGCACUGGAUGUCCUACCCCAUCUGACAGAGCUGCGUUCACUCGCUGUUCGGGGACACUGUUUUUAUGACUCACAAGGUGACCCACUGUCUGGCCUGCUCACCACUUUGCCUGCAUCUGUGUCCUACCUUUCUCACCUGGUGCACCUGGAUCUCUCCUUCAACCAGCUCUCCUGUCUGCCAUCCUGCCUUCUCAGCUUGCCUGUGCUGUCCUCUUUGCUCCUCUGUCACAACCACCUCUCAGCUUUGCCUCCUGAUAUAGGCCGGCUGUCCUCUCUGACCUACCUCUCCCUCCUGGGGAACAAGCUGGUCGUUCUUCCCCCAAGUCUGGGUCAGCUGAACGCACUACAGACACUGGAUAUUUCACAUAACCUCCUUCAACAGCUGCCUGAUGAAAUUGGUUCUUUGGAGGAGCUUGUUAAGCUGGAAUUGUCCCACAACAAACUGAAGCAGCUCCCAGAGAGCAUGGGCUGCCUCCUCGCUCUCAGGGAGCUUGCCAUCUACAGCAAUGAACUCCGCCUGAUCCCACUUUGCCUAAACAAACUGCCUCUACUGAAAAUAGAUGUGCGUGACAAUCCUUUGGGACAACCCUCAAUCCCUCCUCCUCUCCCUCCUACAUCUGAUCAAGCAGAAACGAAAAUUCAAGAGUUGCACCUUGGAUUUAAUGAGCACAGUUUCUUUGUUUCGUCCACUGGGUGUCAUGUGUUUCUCCCAGGGGGGGCUGAGCUGCUGUUCCCCCCGGGGUGCCUGGUGACAACCACAAGGCUGAAGUGGGCUGAGAAAAGGCCAGAAAGAAAGUGGGUGUGGCUGGAAGAGCAUGACAUCUUGCUGAGUCGUCCACUGGAACUUUGUCCUCAUGGAAUUACAUUUCUAAAGCCUGUGGAGGUGUGUGUGCCAUAUCAUCGGUCAAAAAGAAGACAGGUGGUGGUGCAGAGAUUUGACGGACACGCAUGGAGCACUCUGCCCACUGUUCUGAGGAGAGGAAGCGAGAGCCAUAGCAGCCACCCUGGUGGACGUCCAGCCAGGCUGGCUUGCUGCUCUGUGAGCCAGUUCUCCUGGUUUAUCGCAGUGUCCAGUCCAGUAAAGGACAGUUGCUCUGUUACACCAGCUGGAGCCCUGCUGGUAUCCAGCGCUGACCCUGGAGUUAAGCUCCACUUCCCUCCAGACGCCACUGUGCAGUCUCGCACUAUAACCUUACAGGUGCUGCAGGUGUGUGUGUCAGAGGUACAGGCACUGUGUGGUGAUCCUCAGGCCAGAGUUAGCCCCCUUCUCUGCCUCUCCCAGACCCCCAGCAUACAUUUCCUGCAGCCUAUUAAAGUUCAGGUACCUUUGCCAGCUGGAGUCACAGGCCAUACAAUCGAUAUGUCCUGUUUGCAUCUGCUACAUGGAGACCCCACUGCCCAAACCUGGACUGACAUCACAUCGCAAGUGUCUCUCUCCAUCACCCAUUUGUAUGCAAUUUUCUACAUAACACAUUUCUCCUGGUACUGGCUUUGGUACACCACUACGCGCUGUGUUAGUGGGGUGGUCAGGAAGGUCUAUCAAAGGCUAAAACAGUUUAGAGUCCAGUUCCUCGUCCUCCAGAGGAAGACUGAUCCUUCACAAGUAAUGCUACAGUGUUUACCUGCUACCAAGGUGGAAAGCAGAGUGCAGUCUUUGUCAGAGCAAUAUGACGGACCUCAGCCUUCAGACCUGUGUGACCUGCUGGAAGGAGAGCAGUUCUUUGCUGGCUUUGAAAGGGGCUUAGAUGUCAGCACAGAAAGACCAGAUUGUGUGGAGGGAAGACUGUGUUUUGAGUUUUACUCCAGCCUGAAGAAUCUGAAGGAAGUGUACAUCUGUCCAGCUCAGGGUCAGAAGGGGCCAGUGAGGGGACAAGUGUCUUUUUAUAGAGGGGAGAUUCCCAGCAAUCUACCAGAGGAAGUGGCGAGAAAGAGGAAAGGACCUGACAGCCAGUGGCUGGCAACUUUACCACUAAGACUUCCUGCUCUAAACUCAGAAAAUAAUUUCAUUAUGGAAGAGCUUCAGUAUCCCCCUCUGAACCUGGGUGACCCUGAGAGUGGCUACCUGACAGAAGCCAACCUGCUGUCCAUCUCACUUCAGAUAGGACAAGACUGGCGUGUAAUUGGCAUCAAUCUUGGCUUAAGCUACCAGGAGUUGGACCGCAUCCAGUUCAAGUACAGGGACAACCUGGGAGCCUUGGUGCUGGACAUGCUGUUCCAAUGGGCCCGGGGACAGAGGAAUGCAGGACCAGGAGCAGCGUCGAGGCUGGUGGCUGCUAUGAUCGAGAGCGGCAGGAGAGACCUUGCAGAUGAGAUCGAGGACAUUGUCAAUAUAGGAAGGAGAAAGUACUCUGAGUCACUAAGGAGAGUGGGCCUGGAAGCAGAGAGCUCUUCCCUCUGUGAAUCACAGCAGUAGAUGAACCCACACUGGGUGCAGAUGGCUGACUUACACUUGAGUAACCUGUUUGUUUACAAUGUGCCCCCAUCAUCUCAUCCUGCUGUCUAAACAACUGUCCUGGAGUACAAAAAAUCUAUCUUAACACAAUCAUGGUAGCCAGUUAACAGCUGGCUACACCUUUCAGAAGACGUACAGAAGACAGGGGAAAUGGAUGAACUGCAUGAAGAUGAUGGCCUGAGGCUGGUACUUUCCACUUUCCUUUUUUUUAUUUAUAUAUAAACUGUCCCAUUAUGUAAGACAACACUGUGGAAGCCCAUUUCUGACAGGAAAAGAAAAACAAUGAUGAAAAAUUAUAUAUGAUGUAACAAAAAAAUACCUAUGGUAAGUAAACAAUUAUUAAUCUCUAAGUCACAAUCUGUUAUCAAAUAUUUUUUAACUUGGUAUGUCCUAAUUACAAAGUAAGUACAUUACUCAUUACCAUUUUGACUGAAUAUGUCAUAAUAAAGUUGGCCUAUUAAUGGUGCAUUCCAUCUGUAUUCGGAAGUCAGAAUUUCUGUGUAUAAAGGCGGAAACACUCCCUCUGAAGUCUGAUUUCCAGGUUAGGAAGUCAGACCUCACAGUACCCCGAGCGAGCCGACCUUUAAAUCCAACAGUAGUGAAAGCUGUAGUAAUAUACAGUUUAUUAGCACUUCAUUUUUAUUUGUGUAUCAUUAAAUCAGUCUUAAACACAA